GAAACAAAACCAAACUGCGAGUGCGAAAUUCAAACAGAGAGUUGUGUUUGUGUUGUGCAUGUGCGACAUGAGUCAACACCUCCAGCUCCACCCCCCUUCUCACUCACUAUCGCUAACCCUUUCCGGUUUCCGCCAAAAUCCCCAAUUUCUAGUUUCAACCCUUUCUCCAACUUAAUCAAUUACUCACUUCCUUAAUUCAUGCGUAUAUGCUAAUCAGAAAGAAUUUAGAGAGAGAGAGAGAUAGAGAGAACGCUUACACUCUCCUUCUAUGUCAGAACCAAUGACCACAGAACUUCCACAGAUAAACUUCUACGCGGAGCUCAUGCUGGUGCCGCUUCUCUGAAAUUCUUUGAUUCUAAUGAAUCCCAGCAAAAUCGAGGAGGCUAUACUCCACCAUCUCGGCCCCCCUCCUCUGCACCAUCAACAGUUUAUGGGCCCCCACCCCUCCAUUGACGAUGACGCCUUCUCCCUCCCCGAAAUCGACCUCUUCCACCACGACGGCGACGACGACGAUGACGUCAGCCACACCUCGUCGGACGCCGAAGUCCCACAUCCCCCGUCCAGUGACGGGGUGCCCUCUCUAAACCCUAAUUUGCCGAAUCCUCCCUUCGUCGCCCAUAACAAGAGGCCAAUUCAGCGCCCCUCGAUGCAUGUUAGCCCAGAGCCCCACAUUUCCGCCCAAUUCUACACCUUCAAUAAGGAAUCCCAUGCCCUAAUGACUCAAUGCUUAGUUGAAGGCCGGUUAGCGACGCCGGAGGAGAUACGCGCCGCCACUCCCCCGCCGGUGCUCUCCAGCUGGCGGUCAGUGUGGAAGGAUCGCAAUGAGGAUACUGCAUAUUUGACGGCCUGGAAGCGCAUCCAGGACAAGCUUACCGUACACGCGGCGGAACCCGCUGCCACUAUCACCGGUAAUCAGAGUCAUUUUCUUUGUUUCAAGAACAAUUCCAAUCAAUUUGUCUCGCACGUUGAUCAGUGGCAGGACAUAGUCAUGUCAUUUCACGGUGAUGCGGAUUUUAAACACCUAGGAUUGAAAGAAACUAUAGACAAAAUUAAGCAGGUGUGGACUGUAGGCACCAAAUUUUAUGGCACUCCUGAAAGCUAUAUUAGGACUUGUGUUGCUGCCUGCCCAGUGUGCUCAGACGAGUCUUCUGGGUGUGCGCCCAGGUCUAAGAGGCGUAGGUUUGAGUAUACAGAGUCUUUUGAAGUGCCUGCCAAGGAAGUGCCCGUUAAGUUGCAACAGUUGGCUGCAAAGCAUAAGGUCGUGUUGUGUAUACGGCAGAAGUAUAUUAGGUACAAACCAGUUAUGGCUGAGGUUAAGGAUUAUGCGUGCCACAGGGCUGGCGAGCCAGUCUCAAAAAAAUCACGGAUUUUGAAAAGAGAACCAUACACGUCAAAGCGGUGUGGGUGUGGGUUUCGUAUAAGGGCGAUAGUUCCAAUAUCAAACUAUAAUGAGAAGGACAAGACAUUUGUCUACGAGGAAGAGGGCACAGCUGUCUUUAAGCUGUACGCGUUGCACUCAGGACAUGAGCCAGGGCCAUUGGAUGGCAAUGCAAGGAUUAUGCACCGAAUCGUUGGGCAUAAGGGGGGAUUUUUGAUGGAUCAUGAGACACUCAAUGGCAUGGCUGAGGAAGGGGAAAAUGACAAUUUUGGGUUCUUGGGGAAGGAUACUGGACAAUUACAGCAUUCAGUUCUAAAGCAGCUGCAGGAAUUGAGGAAUGAAUUGGGGUUGCUUGAGGGUAGGGUUCAGAAAAUCCCGCCCCAGCUGUUGGAUUCUGUGUCACGUGAGCUCUUUGACAUUGUGAAUACACUAAGAAACGUAGCAGAUGAUGGCUCGAAAUCCGUUCGAUUGUUAUCAGGGAAGCAGCAUCUGGAUGAUUUGUUGGUGGUGGAACAUGAUUUGGCAGAUUGGGGUGAUGAUCAUCACGCUAGGAUCUAUGGGGAUGGAAAGGAUGCAGAUGUUAUCGAAGAUGAUGAGGACAGCUUUGGCAGAACUCUUGGGGAGGUUGCUUCUUGGGAUCAGAUGAGAAUGGAGGACCAGAAUGAGAAGGAUCUGCUUGGUGAGACUUGUAAAGAAGAGAAGUGGUUAAAAUGUGGUGGGUUUGGCGAAAAGGGCAUUCUUGGCUGCAGCAAUCCUAAGGCGCCCAAGUCCUUAAGGCAUGAUCAGGCAAUUAAUCUGGAUGUUGGUCUGGCCAGUGUACAAAUGGAUGGCUUCUAUCCUGAAAACCCAAGGUGGUUUGACCCUCCUUGUGGACUGGACCCUGGAGCUGGUUAUAGUGAUGGUGGAUUCCAACAUGGGGAGAUUGUUUAGAAAUCAUUCAUCUCUAUGAACCGACCCACUCUAACUUAAUUCUGAGUUUUUCUGGUCUGAAAAUGUGUACCAUCACUCAUUUUUACGUUCUGAAUUGAUCUGCGUUGCUUUGUUUCAAAUAUAAGGUGAUGAACAGGUCGCUUGAUGUAUCUUGAAAGCUUUAGAACCUAAAGACUGCUUGACACGAGUUAUUUGGGAGAAAGCUACGACCUUUAUUUAUGAACACCAAGAAACAUUUCUGAGGUCUGCAUGUGGAGCUAAAUGGAACUUCACGGUGGUAAUCAGCUCUGGGGUCUUUGGUAAGUAUUUAGAUCUUAACCAAUAUGGACUCCUCAACCAAGUGAUCUAAGUUGUUUGCAGAUGUUGCGAAUUUUUUGCAGCGGCUGAAUCAAACCUGUUCCGCUUAGUUGCUUGGACGGAACUCUCGUCCUUAGUUCUUUCCUUUCACUUCAGUGUUGAAGGACCAUUGGCAGGAACAUGACUGGAUGUUGCCAAUUUCGGGCUGUGUUCUAGCCAACAGCACCACCACAAACACUCACACAACACAAGACAGAAAAAAGAGAACCCUAAGGACAAAAGAAUAUCUUCAUAUUGCCUUCACAAGUAUGCUCUGCCGUGUACAAGUUUUCUAUAUACUGGAAAGAAAGUAUAACAUAUGAUGGAAUUUUCCCCUAAAAGUUGUUGAAGGGAGAGCAGCUUAGCUUAGGGUCGAGAUCCAUGGUGACUAUUCCAAAGGCAUAUCUUAUUGCAUCCUCAUCCCGGCAAUGGCAUCAUCGCUUGGUAAUCUGCUGGAUGUUGGAUCAUGUGAAUAAUCAUACAUGUUUGAUUUGAAAAUGUUUGUUUGAUCUUCAUUUUCGCCAUUA